GCAGUUUGAGAGGACCCCACCUAUCAUGGGGAUUAUCAUUGAUCACUUUGUGGACCGUCCCUACCCCAGCUCCUCACCCAUGCAUCCCUGCAAUUACAGAACAGGUGAAGAAAAUGCAGUGGCAUAUCCAUCAGUAGAAGAUUCUCAAGAAGUAUGCACAACCUCUUUCUCUACUUCUCCCCCAUCCCAGUGUGUAUUUACUGUCACUAAAGCACAUUUUCAUACCCCUCCUCCUGUGGUGAUGGAUACCUUGAAGGGCCCUAUGAUGGGGCUGGCCUUUUCACACCAA